GGAGGGUGGUAGGGGAUGGAGAGCAAAAUCAGUUUUCGGAAGUACUUGAUGAGAGGCGCGUGUUGUGGUGGAAGGAAAAACUUCAUCCAUCAUCUGUUGGCCAACAAGAAGAAAGAAAAAAGAGAACCAAACAUGAAGAAGGGAGUUUACUGCGCAUGAUCAGUUCUUUCCGGACACAGGCGCAUUGAAUUUUCAAAAUUUUAUUCCAACUCUUUCGGAUUGGGAAUUUCGUCCCGGAGCGAAGUGAUCCUAUGCUACUCUGAAUUUGCUGUUAAUUAUGUCACAAGCAUAAGUAGUUAGUCAUGAGUCACUUUACCCGGGAGUAAACAGCAAUAAAGUAUGUCAAUAAUUUAUGUUAGCACUAUCCUCUUCCUCAGCCUAGUUCCCUGCGCAAGAACGGGACAUCAAGACUUGCGCAAAGAAUUAGCAGCUGUCAAAGAGCUUGUGAUAACCGUAGAAAGAAAAUUGAACUCCUUAUCACUGCCAGAUAUCGGAAAAAAGUUAAAUAGUUUCGAGACGUCAAUCAAUACCCUAGUACACAAAGUGACCGACAUCAACCGAAAGAGCCAACUCUUAAGUGAAAUCCACCAGGACAAUGACGCCAGGAAAGAAGUCCUCCAGAGGAUGUCUCGUAGUUUAGAGGACAUCAACAGAAAGCAACUGACUUUCUUAGAAAAGAAAAACGAAGUCGAAAUAGACAGACUGGACAAACUGUCUGAGAAUGUUCAGGCUCUCUUUCAAAUAUUCGGCGGCAUGAACAGAAAAAUAGACGACCUACAGACUAGAGUCGAGAGAAUAUCGAACGUUUGCCCCACGAGUGAUUUAAAAUUCUUCAUCACGAAAAAGAUCGAUUCCUUGACUGCAUCGAUGGCCAUGCUCUCCGAAUGCCUCGAAUGCGAUCGCGAUUCGUUAAAGGAUGUUCUACAAUCCUUCCUGCGCCAACCCAUGGAUAAUAUCGUCAAGAAAUGCGCAUCCGGUGACGUCGAGAGAAAUCUCGGAAGGAUGAUCGACUCGAAAUUGAAAGGAAUGUCGGACACUCUGCAGUCUUCGGUCCAGACGAAGUUGCAAAGCUUCAACGUCCAGCUCCACGGUGCGAUCGAAGAGUGCAGUUGCAAGAAUCAGAAACUGACAGCCCACGACAUCGCUUACUCCAGCGACACCCACCAGGAACAGAGAACGGUGGGCAAAAGCGAGGAGAGCCCCGGGAGAAUUUUUCGCAAACUUUGGCGCAAGAUGAUAGAGCCCAUCAACAAGGUUGGCGAAAAAAUCGAAUCUCUCAGUCAGACGAUCGAAGUGUCGAACGAGCGACAUCACAACUCCACUCUGUCCAAACUGAAGGAAUGGACUGGUAAAACGAAAGAUGGGGGUGAGGCGUGUUCGAAACAGAUUCUGGGUGUUCAGAACGAGACCAAAAAGUUCGCGGAGAAGCUGGAGCAGAUAGAGACGAGGCAGAUUUCGGUGCAGAGUACUACGAACAAGAUAUUGUCCGAAAUGGAACGCGUGAGGAGUAACAUCAAAGGAAGCAAUACCGUCUUUGUGCCGGGUGUCACGGAGGCUUAUAUUGAAGGUCCUGGAGCUGAUGGUUACGUGGGUACUAACUGUGCGGAUAUUCAAAUGCAGGGGAUCACGAGAAAUGGAAUAUACACGCUGAAACCAAAAGGAGCCACUGAUCAGUUCAUUGCUUAUUGUGACCUUGAAACAGAUGGAGGCGGAUGGACGACAGGAACCGGGUUUAACCUUGAGGGACUGGUUUACACUAUGUCAAUGAAAGAUACAGUUUGUCUAGAGUAUGAACUCCCCCCGCCACAAAGUUUGAGGCCAUCUGCCGCUAUGGAAACAAGAAUAGCGAAUAUUUCAUAUUUGAAGAUACCUGCAACAGAUACUGUAUCAUUGCAGAUACUGCAGAUUCUGCUGUUUAAGGUCGUGAACAAAAUAUUCAGAGUAGAAGAGGAAAACAAACAGUAUCGCCUCUACGUCAGCGGUUACCAAGGCAACGCAACAGAUUCCUUAAGUCUUCAUGACAACAAAAUGUUUUCCACAUAUGACAGGGAUAACGAUGAAGUGGCAUCCUGCUGUAACUGCGCCGACACUUUCAAGGGAGGAUGGUGGUAUUACCGAUGCUUUGAAGCCAAUUUGAAUGGACCCUAUCACACAGAUCCGACAGAAAAUGGUUAUUUCCUGGGCAUCAUUUGGGAGAGAUGGAAGGGUGACUACUCCUUGAAGUCAAGUGAAAUGAAGAUCAGACCCCUGAACUUUGAAGACCUGAGAGACCCAUGAAGUCUCUCUCAAUGCGAGACCAUCUCUAGUCUUCCAUUAUAGCACUGGAGUCUUAAUUCAAUGAAACAAAAACAAUUAUCCCCCUCCCCUCAAACAAACAAAAAAAAAACUCCUUACGUGAUGAUUGUUGCCAUUCGACAAUGGAGAAAAAUCACAGAGCGAAUGUCAAAACAACUAUUUGAAUGGAAUGCCAGGAGUUGGUGCAAAUGGUGUGAUUGCAAUAUGAGAAGACGAAUUGUUUCGUUUAUCCUUUUACAAAAAUUAAAUAGCGUAUAAGGAACACGUGGUCGAACUAAUAGCUUUCCGUUGGAUCCUUUAUAGAUCUUAAUUUAUAAUUUUUCGUUUUCAUAUUCUAGUUACAGUGGCUUUUAUUUUUAUUUUCGUCCGAUUCUAUAUUUAAUAUUUCGAUUUAUUUACUCAGUCUGUUCUAAAAUUUGUUCUAAAGUUUUUUUUUUCUUUAUUAUUAUUAUUGGUGGACCAAAUAAGUUUUACUUGGAUUAUUUGUAGUUUCUUAAUUUCUAUUCUUUCAUUUGAUGUACUCGUUCCCUGAAGCUUUUGUUUUUAUUUUAGCCAGAUUUAGUAUUUAAUAUUUCGUUUUAUUUUGAUUGCACUCAAAAUAUGUUCUAAAAUUUGUUCUGAUUCUUGCGUUUUUUCUAUUUUUAUAUGGUCAAAGAAAUACAAUUUAAGUUGGAUUAUUUGUAACUCUAAAUUUCAAUUUCUUCAUUUUGAUAUAAUUUUCUAGUUUCCUGUAGCUCUUGUUUCUAUUUUAGUCAGAUUCUGCAUUUAAUUUUACGAUUUAUUUCGAUUAUGCUCAAAGUCUGUUCUAAAUUUUGUUCUGAUUCUUAUGUUCUUUUCUCCCUAUUUUCUUAAUAUGGUCAGAGAAAUAAGUUUCAGUUGGAUUAUUUGUAACUCUAAAUUUCUAUUUCUUAAUUUUGAUAUAAAUUUUUGGUUCCCCGUAGCUUUAAUUUCUAUUUUAGUCAGAUUUUGUAUUUAGUUCUUCAAUUUAUUUACUCAAAAUCUGCACUUAAAGUUUAUUUUUGAUUCUCUCUAGUAAUAAAUAACUAUCAAUUGCGCCUAAAAAAAGUAGACCAAAAAAUUUAAAACUUCUCUACGUUCAUUAGUUUGAAACACAUUCAAACAAAUUUAACACAUUGCUGCAAAUGACGGAUAUAUUCGUCCUAUUUUUGAUGAUGUGUUGGCAAAUGAUGACUAUAGCAGUUCUUCACAGUUUUUAAUUAAUAAAAAAAAGGAACAUCAAUAGUGCGAAGUGUACAAUUGCAUUUAUUUGUUAAUCAUUCAUUGAAACAUCGAAAAAAAAUGAUUCCGCCAUUUUCUUUGGAAAAAGAAAAUGUCGUGACAAGUAAAAGACGUUUACAGUAGUCGAAAGUUUUCAUGAACAAAAUGUGAUAAUUUUCACUUCUAAACACGCGACUGACGCUCAAUUACAUAUGAAAGUCAUAAACAUUCGAAACAAAAAUGUGUUACUGAGCAUGAUCAUCAAAUAAAUGCAAGCGGCAACGUGUUAAAUUCAGAUGCUUAGUUUUAAAAGCUGUCCUGGUCUUAUUAUUUAUUAAAUAUGUGCUAUUUUUACCUCUUCUUCAAUCCCUACUAUUAGUUCACACUCUCCCUAUAUAUCUUGUUUUAAUUUUCAAUCGUUAAUAAAAUACUUUUUAUUCAU